AUGGGUUCUUACUUCUCUAAAAAGAAAUCAUUGGAAAGAGAGUUCGCAGACAUUGAAGACAAGAUACUAAAGUAUGAGGAUGCUGUAUCCAAUGCUAGGUUGACACAGAGAACAGUGUUCUCUCGUAUCAUUCUAUAUGGUCUAUUAUUAGAGUUAUUACUGUUCCUUUGGACCUACUAUAGAACACGAUCAUCAUCCUCAGCAGAGCACUUCAAUGACAAUAUCUUAUACUACUCCCUAUUGGUCAUUUUCCCAGUCACUAUGUAUUGCUUUACCAAGAUAUUCAACUAUAUUUAUGUAUACAAGAUACAUCACAAUGAGAGCAAGUUGGAUGUUCUCAAGACUCAACUUCAGCAAAAGAUAGAUGCAAGGAAGAAGGAGACUGACUAUGACAAUACUCAAAAGAUAAUAGACAACCCUGAUGGUAGGACUAAGGUCACUACACCUCCCUCCAAGCAACCUUUGACAAGGGUUUCACCUGUCAAGUCCACUACCAGUUCAUCUAGGGUCACCAAUAGUAUUCAAUCACAACUGCAAGAGCAGUCCUCUUUGAGACAUAGACCCAUGCCUCAGCAACAGCAGCAGCAGCAAUAUCAGCAAAGUCCUUCUUCUUCGAUCGGCAGUGCUCUUAUCGAUUCACCAACUUCAUCACCAGCGGGAAGAAGUGUCAACACCACGCCAAACAUUCACUCUCAACUACAACAACAGCAGCAACAGCCACUACCGCCACCAAAGCGCCCGCAUGUACUGCAACCUGUACCAAUUCGUCCACUUCCAAAGGGAGUCAUACCAAUCAACAACAACAACAACAAUGCAUCAUCACCUCAACAAAGGCAAUCCCAGCCACCCAAACAACAGAGUUGGUUGGACAAGGUUGUAGAUUACAUCAUCUCUGACGGGCCAAAGUAUGGAUCGCCACUCAUUUGCCACAAUUGUCACAACCACAAUGGUUAUGUUCCAACCCAUGAGUUGGAAUCAAUACAGUUUAGAUGUAGAUUCUGCCAUACGUUCAACCAAAGAGGUGAUGAUGAAGUGAAUGCAGACGAUCACGUAGAUAACAACAGCAGCAGCAGCAGCAACAUGUCAGCUGAAGUAGAUGACAUACCUACAGGUGACGUAGUCAAAGAGGACAAGGAAGAUUUGGAUGAGCCACGCCACGAUGCUGAGGAACAGCAACGCUCAGAGAACACAAAAUCUACCAACGAUACUGGCAAUGCCAAGAAACAAGACGUAGCAAACCGAUGCGACGAUGACUGA